AGUUGAAAGUCAAAACAACACUGCAGCACUACAGUAUGGCGGUUCUUGUGGGUUGCCGAGUUCUUCUGCAAGCUAUUCGACCCCAAACGGGUACCAUCGAGGGAGUGCGCAGAUUGCAGGAGCAUACGAAGUCUUUGCACAAUGUCCUCAACAACAAACUACAGUACAUUCGUCCGACAAGCAAUGGAGCGACCCGUCAUUACAGCUCCGAUAUUAAGGAUGACUUGAGCAUUAGAUAUCUGGACGGAGAAGAUUCAGGGAUUGUCGUCUUUGGGAUCAAUCGACCAAAGCAAAAAAAUGCCAUCAGCAAAAACCUUGUCAUUCAGAUGACUGAGGCUGUGGAGAGUGUAAAAAAGAACAGCAAAGUGCGGACUGUCAUCAUUUGUAGCAUGGUGCCUGGGAUAUUCUGUGCAGGUGCGGACCUUAAAGAGAGGGCCAAAAUGCACCAAAGUGAAGUUGGACCCUUUGUGUCCAAGGCAAGGGCACUAAUCUCAGAACUUGGUAAUCUGCCCAUGCCAACGAUCGCAGCUAUCGAUGGAGCUGCCCUUGGUGGUGGUCUGGAGAUGGCUCUGUCCUGUGACAUCAGAAUUGCCUCUAACAAUGCAAAGCUCGGCCUGACUGAAACCAAACUCGCCAUCAUUCCAGGAGCAGGUGGUACCCAGCGACUACCCAGGGCCAUCGGGGUAGCCCUGGCUAAGGAGCUGAUCUUUGCAGCGAGGGCAAUUGACGGAACAGAGGCGAAGAGACUGGGCCUGGUCAGCCAUGCUGUGGAGCAGAACAAGAGCGGAGAUGCAGCCUACCUCAGAGCACUGGACCUGGCCCGCGAGUUCAACCCAAAUGGUCCCAUUGCAAUUAGGAUGGCAAAGUUGGCCAUCAACCAGGGCAUAGAGGUGGAUUUAAAUACGGGAUUAGCAAUUGAAGAAGCAUGCUAUGCCCAGGUGAUUCCGACAAAAGACAGGCUGGAGGGACUGGCUGCGUUCAAGGAGAAGAGGCCUCCUCGCUUCAAGGGAGAGUAAACGUUCACCCUGGGUCAAUCAAGAGCAAUCGCAAAUGGCUACCUUCAGUUCUCCUCCUUUCACUGCUUCUGUCAGAUUCCCAUAAGACGGCAAUAUAGGCAGUACCCUCCGCACUAUAACUGGAGUGGGGUGUCCUAACCGAGACGUGAGAGGUCACAUAAAAGUACUGUAUCCGGACAGAGAUAGAAGUUAGGGAGAGAACAACUUUACAGCUGAUUCAUAACCAGAACCGCUAAUCUGCAUGAUGACUUUAUUUUUUUCAGUUUCUAAUGUCAUGAGUUGCCUUUCCUUGUUGUCGUGUCCAACAUGUGGUCUGUCUGUUGUAUGUUAACAUUAUCGAGUGUUUGUUUCUCAGUGAUUCAGAAGAUCAGAAUAAUGAAGAAUUUGCUACUGUGAUGAGAUGAGAUUAGAUCCUUAGUAUUACGCAGAAACGAAUCGUCCCCGAAAUUCCCUAUUUAUUUGAUGAGCGUGUGGUCGUCAGCGCAUCCAAUCCAUUUUCUAAUUACAUUUCAUGAUAUCAGGCAGGCUAACAGCAAAUCACAUGAUAAAAGCCUUGCACUUCCCAAGUUCGCUGUGUUUUCUAAUGUUUGAAUGUUAGAGAAAGGAUCUGUUCCUAGAUCACAGAGGAAAUCUUUGUAGAGCUAUCACAAUAAAGUUCUGUCUCAAACUCUGUCA